AGCUAGGAUUGGCUUAGAGUCAGCAGCAGGGUGUGUCCAUGCAGCUCAGCGCGGAUGAAGCAUUUACCUGUCUAGGUAAGUCAGGAGGAGGUCAAAAGAAGAAACCAGUAGGAGACGCCGCCUGAGAGGCAAGCUGUCUCCAUCUCUGCCCUCUGGAAUAGAAGGGCGUUACUUUCUUGUCUUCAGACCCCAAACCAGAGAAGAGUGACAGCAGCUACGAUUUCCUGUCUGCUGAAGAAAAGGAGUGUCUGCUCUUCCUGGAGAAGACCAUUGGCUCCCUAGAGGCUGAGGCUGACAGCGGACUCUCCACAGACGAGUCAGAGCCAGCCACCAGUCCUCGGAGUUUCCGGGCCCUACCCACCACCACCCAACAGGCUCCCCAGGGAAAGCCAGAGGCCACAGACAUUCAGCAGGUGCCAGUGCCAAAAAGAGUGGCCCAGUCCUCGGGUCCUCCGGAGCCUCACAGCCUGGGCCUCAGGUCAGGUUCCUACAGCCUUCCCAGAAACCUUCAUCUUGGCAGAAGCCAGAACCUCAGGGAAAGCGCCACCCAGACCAACAACCCUGUCUCAGAAGCCUCUGAGGUGUCUUUAGAGGAUCCCGAGAAAGGGCAGACCAGCCAGGGCGCUAAGGUCGUCCAGCCACCAGCCCCAUCCCUUGACCUGAACACAGUUCUCAUACCCCCGCCAGAAGCCUUCCAGGACAUUAGGCCAAAGAAGAGUGGGGCAGAGAGCCCACCUAAAAAGCCAGGAGAACAGACACACACCCCACCGGACCACUCUCUAGACAGAAGCCCACCCUCCCAGAAGAAAGUGGAAAUGUCUUCUGAAACCGAGUCCCAUAAAGCCACUGAGAAAGGCUGGACAGAGGGGCCACAGCAACCACAGCGGCCUCCUGCCCAGUCAUCUCGGAACACAGGGGCUGAAGAACCUCCCCUACCUUCAGGGAUCAAGCCAAACACUCAGCAGGCUCCCCUCACAGCCUCCAAGCCCCGUAGGCUGCCACCUAAUAUCGUCCUGAAGAGCAGCCGCAGCAGUUUCCACAGCCACCCCCAGAACUGGUUGUCAAAUCACACUGAGGCUCCAGACUCCGGCCCUGUCUCCUCUUUACAAGGACAAAGGAAAGCCCGCAGAGAGGCCCUGGAGAAGCUAGGCCUACCCCAGGACCAAGAUGACCCCAGUCUACUUGUAAAUAAACACACCAGUACCCUCAAAAUCAAGGAGGCUCAGGCUCAGACCCCGUCCCAGGCCCGGACUCCUGCCCAGCCAGCAUCUCAAGCUCUCGUCUCGGGAACUGCUUCUGCAGCGGGGAAAAAUUCCCCAGUGAAGGCUGUCGCUUCUGUGGACUCUCGAAGCAAGGGUUGGAUUCCUACCCAGGAAACCCCUCCAGGAAAGGUUACAGCUGCCAAAUCUAUGCCCAUUCCUAUCCCCAAGGCCUCAAAGGAAAACAGUUCCCUGGCACAGCCCAAGCCCGACCCACGGCUGACCCUCCAGGAAAGCAGCAUCCCUGGCCUGAGACAGAUGAACUUCAAGUCCAACACUCUGGAGCGUUCGGGCGUGGGGCUGAGCAGCUAUCUCUCCGCGGCCAAGAAAGACCCCAGCUGCCAAACCAGCACGUCUCUGGGAAAGAGCCCCUUCAUGGACAAGGUUUCACCCAGUGUCUUUCGUAACUCCCGGCCCCGGCCUGCCUCCUUGGGCAUGGGAAAGGAUUUUGCAAAAAUCCAGGGGGGCAACCUGGUUGACCUGGAGCAGGACCGGUGCUCCCCGCAGCCAUCGUUCAAAGGACAGAGCCAUGACAAGCUUCCUCGCCCCGCCUGUGUCAGUGUCAAGAUAUCCCCAAAGGGCAUUCCUGAUGGGCACAGGAGGGAGGCCCUGAAGAAGCUAGGUCUGCUGAAGGAGUAAGUGUAGGCAUGGCAUAGCCCAUGCCAACCUGCCAGAAGAGACUGGCUCUGCCUACAGUCUUUGCAGCCUCACAGCUCAGAGCUGGCUUCCUUCCCAUCCGAGGUGAAGAGGGAAGAAGCUUGAGGCCAAGGGUAUGUCUGUGCUCGGGCCAUUGUGCCAUUGAGUACAUGCACAGAUCAAUCUGAAGAUUAGCCUCACAGGAGGAGAAAGAGAGGGAGAGAGAGAGAAAGGGGGGGAGCUUCCAUAUCACUGACACUAUUUAUAUAACACAAGGAACCACUGUUGAGCUCUGUUCUUGGUUGAGAUUUUACAUGCGCAAAGUUCAGCUUGUCCCAGCACUGAGCGGAACAGAGUGGCCAGACCUGAGAAGCAAAGUCAAACGACACAAAGGAAACAGAAGCAACUUAAAAAGAUGAAUUACACUGAGCACAGCACUACGGUGGCAUGAAAUACAGGCUGAGUUUCUGCAGUAAACGGAGACUGGCUUGUAUUUGCUGUGCCCCCUCUCUCAGGGCCUUCCAGACAUGUCCUGAGGCCAAGGGGGUCCUGUUCAGUAUCUUUACCCACUGCCUUCCCCUAUCAUUUCUUACAGCCUAGGACACAUGCCUGUCUCUAGAUCUCAUAGCUCACUGAUAGCAGGGGGCCACUCCCUGGUCUAAGAAAGCUGAAUAUAUGGCCGCACAUUCCUCCAUUUCUACCUGGAAGAAUUCUUGUCGUGGGCUUAACGAAUACAAUAAUAAACUGUGCCAUGGCCCAGGAUUCUGGAGUCCCUGUUCUUCCUGCUUUCUGACUCCCUGGCUGGUUUCAGGGCAGGUCAACACUGAGCUGGAAAGCCCAGUCCAGCAGCUUUAUAAAUACAGAGUCAUUUCCGAACUUCUCCAUGCUGUUCAAAAGCAUUCAGGUUUCCUGGGGGGCUGCAGAGGUGGCUCCGUGGUUAAGAGAGCUCUUUCAGAGGACCCAAGUUCAAUUCUGAACACCUACUGGCAACUGCCAAUUCCAAAGCCAGGGGAUCCAGUACGCUCUUCUGGCCUCCAAGGACAUCUGAAUUUAGACACACACACACACACACACACACACACACACCCCUAAAAAAAAUUAGUCUUUUUUUUUUUAAAAGAACGUGUUCAGGUUUUCUCAGUUCCGAUGAUGGAAACCCAACUCAUACACAGACUAUUGGAACUUAGGGAGAUCUUAGGAAAACCCCUGCAGCCACCAGAAAAGGAGGUGCCACAUCAGACCCAUUCUGCCAUUUAGUAACAGCUGAAGCUGAAACCGGGACAAGAAAUACACAUAUGAUACCGCUCACCUAAUACAGUUGUCAGGUCAGUCAGGUUGCUACUCCGUCCUGCCACCACUGCAUCCCUACACAGUUUUCUUGUACACAGACAGCGCUUCAGACAUCCUUUGAAGACCCCACCUGAGGACCUUCAGAAUUCUAAAGCACCUUCCAGAGCACUGGGUGAACUAUUGGGAGUAAUACGUGAUGCCAUUAAUCUUUUUAUUCUUUAGCAAGGGUGUGUAUCAUAACUCUUAGUAACUCGGAACAAUUCUUCCUAUAAAUCCCCAACAAGUUGUGUA